GUAGGUUUAAGACAAAUUGAUUAAAAGCAUGGGAGAGAUUGAUACAAAUCCAAUUGCAUCUGUUCAAUCUGCAAUAUCUUUAUUUGGGGAGAAAAGAGGACGACAACACAAGAGAAAUGGAUCAAUUAGCAGUGAUGAUAUGGAGAAGGAGAAGGUGCAUGAAAGCAUGUUAAAAGACUUGGCAAACUUCAAGGUUCAGUUAGAAGCAAAGGAUUUAGUCUACAAUCAGGCAAUUCACAAACUAGACCAAUCAGAGAAAACAGCCAAUGAACUUUCUUCCCUCCUGAAGAAAUCCGAACUCGAGAAACAUGUAUACAUCUCCGAAUGGACUGAAGCCCAUAGAAGGAUUGAAGAUCUCCAAUCCAAGUUGAAGGAGAUGGCUGAUGAGUUAUCCAAAUCAUCAAUGAACCGGGAUGAACUCUCUAAUGCCUUAAUUGAGAUGGAAAUCAAAUUGGCUGUUAAUAUUGAAACCAAUAUUGAGGCUAUGAGGGAAAUGGAAAUGAUGAAAACUAAGUCAAACAGGGAAUUGGAGAAGUUCUUGGAACUAAAGGAAGCUUAUUCGAAUCUAGCCUCCUGCGCUGAGAAGGCCAAGAAUGAAAAUUGCAAUCUUCUAUCUGAAAAGAAGGCUGCACUAGAGUUGGCAAUGAAAGCAGGUUAUGAAAAGGAAGAAGAGCUAAAGAAGGCAAUAACUAAACUCGAAAAUAUGAAGGAAUUGAAGAGACAAUUGGCGAACAAAGAUUCGUUAUAUUCAGAAACUAUUUCUGAAUUAAACAAUCUUAAAUCUGAAAUGGGAUUUGAGAUAGCCAUGUUGAAAUCCGAGGUUCAUAAAGGGAGAUCAAGAAUAGCAGCAGCAGAGGCUGCUGAAGAAAGAUCCAAAAUUGAGAAAUCAGAACUCUUUAUGGCUGUCCAACAGCUAGCAUUGGAAAUAGAAGAAGUCAAGAAAGAUAAUCAAAUCGAAGAACAAGUAAAACUCAACAAUGCUGACUAUGAAACAAUCAAAACAAUCGACGAGUCGAUUCAAGAAGAGAUGAGGAAAGAGUUGGAAAUGGCGAGAACGAAAAUAGGGGAAUUGAGGAACAGAGCAGAGCAGGCUUGUAUAAGGGCCGAGGUAGCAGAGAAGGCGAAAACAGAGAUGGAAAUGAGAAUAACAAAGAGAAGAGAAAAAAGAGAAAUGAGGAGAAUUGCUGCCUUAACUGUUCUUAAGGAAGAAACAUUUUCCAGUUCAAGCAAUAACAAGAACAACAACAAUAAAAUAGAUCACCCUCUGGGUAAGUUGCUAAACUUGAAAUUUAAUUAA